AUGUUCACCAGAGAAGGUGGGAGUACUUCGACCGCCGUUAUACUGAGCAGUAUCUCGACCUCUUGUCUCACAAUAAAUCCUCAGGGUUCUACUGUCUUUGAGACUUUGGGGCUGUUCACCAGAUCUAAUGGCAGCGUAGCCACUAAGACUCUCUCUUCCGCAACGGACCUAUCCUCGCUCGCGCUAUCAAUACCCGUAACUGGUAAAUCUUCCUCUACUGCUUCCAUUACGACUAGCUACCAAGGUUCGGUGACAGGAGCCUCCCGCACAAACACUGGCCCUGGAGCCGCAUCAAUGAUUGGAGCAGCUCGUACUAAUACCACGAAUGUCAAAUCAGCGCUGUUCGCGGACUCGUCUUCAAGGAUCAGCAGCUUUCUGCGAAAUGCUCAAAAUGCUCCGGUCCCGGACCCCGACCAGACUAGCUCCUCAAGGUCCGUUGGCACCCUGAGCGCUGCCAUGGUUUCUGUGAACACCCCGGCUUUAUUACCGUGGUUGCAAUCGCCAGGUGCACAUGCAGCAUCGCCGUUGCCAAUCAUUCAAUCGACUUCAGAGACAAGGCAGCCUGCGGCAGAAAUUAUAUCAGCGAGUCCCAGCGCGCAAAGCGGCCUCUCAUGGUCUCACGUCGCUGGUGGAUCAGUCCCCGCCUCGGAUGCUGCACUGGCAGAAAUUUUGACCGCUGCGUUGUUGGGGCAGCAGCUAUCCACCAUCACUACUGUUCCUCCUGGAAUGGUCGUGCAGAGUAUCACGACGAGUACGAAAUGCUCGCAUGCUUUCGCGCUGGCAAGUACUACAUCAUCUGGUAGUACUGUUGUCACUGUUGUUCCCAAAAUUUGCCGCGACGAUGCCGCGUUUCUGCUGUUCGCUGGGGCCGCAAUCCCACUGCUUUGUAAAACAGUGCUUAGCUUGCUUGCAUUUCUUCUUCGAUGGAUUUGUGAUCCCAGGACAGGGAAACUAGUUGGAAUUGACGACAUCACUAUUUUACCUCCUAGCCCCGCUGUAGGCGCAGGUUCGGCGGAGGGCUCGCCGCCAAAUCCGAAGGACGACCCACAAAGCGAGGAUGAUGAGCCAACCAACUCUCGAAAUUCAUCUGAUCAUGCAUCUUCCACAAGCUUUCCUUCUACCAACCGCCGAUCUUCGACAAUGACAAGUUCCGCAUCUAGCGCCGUGACCGGUUCGUACUAUCUCUUCGGUGGCGUUGGUGACGAGGAUGAGGUCUCUGAUCUUCUUGGGGCGCUGAAUUCCAAAUGUAAAGCACUUCAACCUGCUGUCGGUUCAACCCGGAUGAGUGCAGCUGAUUGGGUAAACAUUAAUUUGACUGAUGAUGAAGUAGCGUAUCUCCGUCCCAAUCCAGAUGUGCUUCUAAUUACUCCAUACAUCAGUCUCACCGAAUCCGCUUCUGUAACCGGCAACGAAGUCUCUACCUCAGCAUCUUUCAGCACCUUGUCUAGCUACUCUUCAACUACAUUAUCUACUCUCUGUGCAUCAUCUGCUUCCUCCGAAUCAUCUUUUCCCUCUGGAUUUUUCAUGGCAAAAAUUCGCCGGCUGUCACCAUCUCAUCAGAUCCGAGGCAGUGAACUUUCUCCCCGCGAGCACAACAAUACCGAGAGGGUACUGCUAACCAAGAGAGAUCCUGGAAGAAACAUACUCGCGCAAUAUGGUUCAGACAAAAUGCCCUGUCCAAGGGAUUGGCGGUGA